GRAGCUUUUUCCUCCACRAUGGCAUCAAGGCUGGCUCUCAAAGUGAACUCCAAGCGGGUUGGAUCCCCGUGCCGGGAGCAUCGCGUGGUUCUGCUCAGCCCCGUGGGGAAGAUCGAGAUCUGGGGCUGUGACAGAGGYGUCCACGAGAUCAAACUGCCYCAAAUGAGYGCCCUGCCCAGCGGGGCAGAGUCAUCRUCAGCCUGCGAGGUGUGUGAGGGCACCGAGGGGAUGCCAGAGCCACUGCAGCAGUGCACAGCCUGGCUGAGAGCCUACUUCAGUGAGCCAGGGGGCACAGGGACCCUGCCCGUGCCAGCUUUGCACCACCCCCUGCUGCAGACAGAUUCCUUCACCAGGCAGGUGCUGUGGACCCUGCUGAAUGAUGUGAAGUUYGGGGAGGCCGUUUCCUACAAGCAGYUGGCAGAACUUGCUGGYAACAGCCGGGCAGCCAGAGCUGUGGGGGGAGCMAUGAGGAGCAACCCGAUCCCCAUCAUCAUCCCGUGCCACAGGGUGAUCCGCAGCAGCGGGGACACCGGCAACUACGGCGGGGGACAGAUCCUCAAGGAGUGGCUGCUGUCCCACGAGAGGAUGCAGAAAGAGAAACUGCAGAAAGAGAAACUGCAGGAGCAGAAACUGCAGGAGGAGAAGCUCCAGGAGAAGCUGCAGAAGGAGAGGAUGCAGCAGGAGAAAAUGCAGAAGGAGAGGAUGCAGGAGAAGCUGCAGAAGGAGAGGAUGCAGGAGGAGAAAAUGCAAAAGGAGAGGAUGCAGGAGAAGCUGCAGAAGGAGAAACUGCAGAAGGAGAGGAUGCAGGAGGAGAAAAUGCAAAAGGAGAGGAUGCAGGAGAAGCUGCAGCAGGAGAGGAUGCAGGAGAAGCUGCAGCAGGAGAAGCUGCAGAAGGAGAAGCUGCAGGAGGAGAAAAUGCAGAAGGAGAGGAUGCAGGAGAAGCUGCAGCAGGAGAGGAUGCAGGAGAAGCUGCAGCAGGAGAAAAUGCAUCAGGAAAAGCUGCAGCAGGAGAAGCUGCUGUGCUGAUGCCCCUGACCAACCCAAACACACAACCACGGCUCCUGGUGGAGCUGAGAGCAGCCAGCAGAACUGGCAGAAAUGGUAAAUAUUUGAGUGACACACAAAUAUAAUGCGAGAGGGGAAGGGAAAUGCGCGGUGGCAGCGCUGUGUUAGGAAAGCAGGCUGUGUCCUGGGGGAGGCAGCUCUCCUGCCCUUUCUUGUUUUUACAUUUUACAGCAGAAUGGCUACAGCGAUCCAGGCCUGUUGUGCAUGGAUUUUGUUCCCAUCUCCAGCCCUGUUUUGUUCUAUUUUUAAUGUCCAUUAAAGCAGGGAUAAGGGAGUGGGAGGGACGUGGCAAAUGCGAGGUGGAAGUUUCCCCCUGAGGAGGUGUCUGGCUGGCACGCCUGGCCCUGCCCUCCCCCUCCCCAAUUUGGGGCAGAAAAUGCUGUUUUACCUAAAGAGGAGUUAAGGGAGCACAGUGAGAUCUGCAAAAAAGCAAGCAGCUACUCAAUUCCUUACUCCUGCCUUUUCUUUUUGGACUGUGAGAUGGGAGUAUUUUUUUU